AUGAAACAACCUACUUCGUUCACACCAUCAAAACAUCAAGCUGCUGGUCAUGAUGGAUGUUUAAUUUCCGAUUCAUUGUUUAUUAAAUCUACAAAUCAACAAGAAAUUGAUUUUUAUGCUCAAACUCAACUGAAAGAUCAGCUUAAAGAUGACGAGUCUCCAUUAGGUUCAUUAUUAUCUCAUUGGAUGCCUACUUACAUGGGUACUUUAACCCAAGGUGACAUCACCAAACAGGACAACCAAUUAACUGACACUAUCGCAAAGGACGAAGUAUCCAAAUCAGAUAAACAAUACAUUGUUCUUCUGAAUUCAUAUCAUGGAUUCAACCAUCCAAGUAUAUUAGAUAUCAAAUUAGGUUCCAAACUAACUGAUGAUGAAGUAACACCAAAGGAGAAAAUUGAAAGAUUACAAAAAGUUAGUGAUUCAACAACAAGUGGAAGUUUAUCAUUUAGAAUUUGUGGGAUGAAAGUUUAUAAUGGUAGUUCCAUUGAUAAACCUAAAGUUGAAUUAUAUGAAAAUAUGAAUGAUAGUUCAAUAUCCAUUAAUAUUAAUGAUGAAUCUCAGCAUAAAUAUCUUGAAUUCAAUAAAUUCUAUGGCAGGUCAUUAACUAAAGAUAAUAUUAAAGAUGGUCUUGGAUUAUUUUUCAAUAAUCAUUUACCUAAAGUAAUUGAAAAAAGAUUAUUAAUUAAUUUUCAUAAAAGAUUACAAUUGUUGUACAAUUGUCUUUUAGAUUAUGAAAUUAGAAUCUUUUCUGGAUCUUUGUUGUUUAUCUAUGAAUCAGAUUUAUCAAAAUGGGAAAAAGUAACUGACGAUAAUUAUGAAUUAUUUGAUCCUUUAGUUAGAGAGUUUGACGACGACGACGACGACGAUGAUGAUGAUGAGGACGAAGAAGUGGACAAAGACAAUGAUUCUUUUACUCCUUUAAGUUCAUUGAAUUUUAUUGAUUUUGCGCAUGCAAAAUAUGUUCCUGGAAAAGGUCAUGAUGAAAAUGUUAUUCAAGGUAUUGAGAAUUUGAUUGACAUUUUUGAAUCUUUAAUCAAAGAGCAUACUAAUUAA